AUGCAUGAGGGUAAUUCCGAACAGAACGGCGCCACAAGUGGAUCGGAGAGCGAGGGUCGAUUGAGGACGUCACACAGUGCGCCCGUCACUGGUCUUAGCAACCUGGGUGGCUCCAACUUCGGCAGCCGGCUGCCCAAGGCACAGAACCCCACUGUCACGCUUCUGCAGAAGGCACGAGAAGGGCAGAUUUCGCGUGGAAACUACAUCCAGCAGGAACGAGACGCGGCGAGAUUGCCGCGUGACCGUCCAUCUCCACCGAAAGGCGAUCCAGUUCAUGCUCUUCGAAAAGAAUACGCGAGCGAAGGCGAGGCCGACAGAAGCGAUUACGAACGUGGAGGGAUCCGUAAAAUGGCGGAUGCCCAAAGAAAAGUAGAAGGAAUCGGACCUAUCACCAAAGACGGAAUGCCAGUCGCACUAAGAUCUGAGGUCAAAGACCCCUCGAGAUGGUACAAAAAGAUGUACGACACCAUACACAAAAACAAAUACGACGGGCAACCACCAGAGAGAGUCCUCAGCAACAAAUCCCAGUACGCCUACUUUGACCCACGCUCCGGUUACCUGAGUGAGCCGGAGGGGGGUCUAAGUAGGUUGGGCAGCAGCACGUGGAGCGAUGCUUAUGACAGCGACGUGACAACUGGCCCUCGAAGAAGGACAGCUUCAGUGCAGGAAGAUAGAAGAUACAAUGAUUCUAACUCACAGUAUUCGUCUAGUACCAAUAAAUACAGCACACUAGCAUCAGCACGAGCAAGUCAAGAAGUGUACAAGAACCAACCAGGAAGAAUAGAGAAUUACGUACCAGGAAAAUCGUCAGUCGUAGACAAAGAAGCGAAACAGCAAAACAUUUCAAGUACGACAUCUUUACCACAAUCAUCACCGAAGGAGAAAAAGGAUUUAACAGCCACUAUCCUGUCUAAAUCGAAUAUGGCAAGGGCUCUUAAAGAAUCAGGAUAUGAGUCCGACUCGACCUUAGUAUUCCGUCGUCGUGAAGAUACAGAGGCGCCUCUGUCACCAGCAGAGAGGAGAGCUGCCUACAGAGACCUGCAAGCUGGUGGUGAACCUCCUCUCAGAGGGUUCCGAUCGCCAGCACCUCCUAGACAAGACGAAUCGGAAAUCGAAUAUAUUCCGAUUUCUUCAACACUGACGAAGAUAAGAGUUCAUAAGAAAACUCCAAAGUUACACGAAGUCAUUUGCUAUCCUGUGACAAGUAUCGAAACAGGAGAUCAAGUUAAAUUCAAGAGACUUGCUCCGUCGUUUCUGAGCAUUGAUGUACCAAGUAAAAUAUCGGACUAUCCACCUGCUCCUCCUAGAAGAAUUUCAUCGAAGAACAGUCGGACGCUUAAGCUGGUGACUUCAACAAGACCUGUGUCAACUUCACCAAAAAGGACAACAUCGUAUUCACAAUCUAAUGUCGAUUUUCUUAAAGAUAAAAUAAACCACAAACUGUCUCGACAAAACACACAAAUUCUAAGCAAGUCUGGGUCCUCAGCUGAGAAAAAAUGUGUUACACUUGAACAAAAAAUACCAAAAACAAGAAUUAUGUCUACGUCAGCACCACCAGCAAUCAACAGAAAGUAUAAUUCAACGAUUAACUUAAAAAGCUCAAUGAAAUCUGUGGGUAGUGAAGCUAGAAGUGGUACAAGUAGUUUUGGCUCAUCUCGGAGAAUUCUGCUGCCUACUGAAUAUUCAAACUCUGUUCACAGCAAGUAUGGCGAACCUCACUCAUCUGUCAUUAUAGAAGGAGGAGCCGGUCGUAAAACACCCAUAUCAAAUAUACUUGAUAAAGUAACGUCUCUUGAUAAAUUGUGGAGUGCUGAAAAAAGAAAUGAGCGCAUCGAUGUUACAAAAAUACGAGCUAAAUCUUUAACUAAAGACAGUACACAAAAGCCCAUUAUAAAAUCAAACAUAACUCCAAGUACAAAAUCUUCGUCACCAACAAAUACCCAUAAAAGCAGAGAUAUGAUUCGUACCGCUGAAAAAAUACAAAAACUCAAAAUAUCCAAACAACACACAAAGUCUAAUCCUUGUCUAUCUAUCAAAAAUGAACCAAAGGUUUUGAAACCUAGUUCCCUCCAGUCGUCAUCAAGUAUAUCUAAAUCCACUUCAAAUAUUUCAACUGGAUCAAAAAAAGCCAAUCAAGUGAAAACAGCAGUAGUUACAAACUUGAAAAAGAAAAAGUCUUUAGAGAGUGUAAUAGUCAGACCUCGGAGUGUACCCUGCCACGAAGCAUGUAGUAAAAAAGCUAAGGAUCCCAAAACUGUAAAAAAAUUAGCCAAACCAAAAAAUACUAAAAAAUCUACCACUAAACCAAACGAUGAUUCUGAAUCAGGUAGUCAGUUUGGCGAUACCUCAAACGAAAUUUCAAAUUUUGGCUCAUUUGAAAAUUUGGGUCCAAGAAGGAUUAGCUCCAAAGAAAUAAAAAAGUCACAUGAUGCUGUUGUAUCAGAUACGUUUUUUCAACAUUUAUUUCUUGGAAGAGGUUCGACUCCAACUUUAGUAUAUCCGAUGUCAGAACAAAACACUACAGUGCUUCAAAAGGCAAGAAUGUUCCAAUCUCUCCCUCAAGACACUGCUUCCCCAAAGUCCCUUAACACUUAUUUGAUACAUAGAAAGCCAGUAUCAUUAUCCCGCUUCAAAAUGUGGGAUAGAUAUCCCAGUCCAUCACGAGCCCGUAGUCCUAGAUCAAUAUCUUGGCCCGGCAGAAUGCAUGAUGAAAUACGAAAAUUUGACAGUUUGUCAAAGUGUGACGAUUUUGGAUCAACUUCGUCUUUAGCGACAGUCAGAAGCAAAAGCGAACCACCUUGCAAUAAAAUGUAUUUUUCUCAAACAUCUCGUCCAAAAUCUCCAACUGUUGUGUUUUACAAAAAAGAAAAACCAAAAGAGAUUGUCGUAAGGAACUCUACAUCUCCAUCUAGAUUAAUUUUCACGCAGACCAGAAGGCCUGUUUCUCCCAAAGUGAUACAUAAACGAAAUGUAUCCCCUCCGCAAACGAAACAUAAAUCCUUAUCACCAUCAAAAAUCGUGUUCACUGAGACUGUUCGUCCGGUGUCUCCCGUAAUAACUAGACGCUCUCCUCGUUUAGACAUCAUUGAUACCAAAUCUGAUAAUGAUAAAUAUCCAUCAACAAUAUUUUUUUCUCAAACUUCGAGACCGGUAUCCCCAAAGGUUACACGAAAAAGUACCGCUGCAAGUGUCAGUAGAAGUCACUCUACAUCUCCUGUUUCUAUACGAUCUCCAUCCUACCGGCGCAUACAUAGCGCCCGUAUACAAAACAAUAAGCAAUACGCAGAUACAGUCCCGAAAAGUGUUUUUCGUACCAGAAGUGCUGGUGAUGCUGAGAGAAAAAUACUCUCGGAAAACCUUCCCAUGAAAACAAAAAGUGAUUCCAAUUUAUAUGCCAGUGACCCAGAUUACGAUGAAUAUUGUCGUGACAUGCAAAACACAAAAAUGAGGUCAGAACGUUUCAGAGAAUUAAAUAGGUAUUACACGUAUUUGGAAAGGGUGGCUGAAUUAGAAAAAGCUACAUCGACAAGUGAUUUACGUCACAGAAGAAAAGAUGAAGAAAUAAUUGACUUUGAUCGCUGGAAGAAAAUAAGAGCGAUAGAGAGAGCUGAAGAAGAAUUAAAUAAUUUAUAUCGGAAAUUGAAAUUAGCACAAACCGAAAACGAUGUUUUAUUUUAUCCCCGAGACUUGAAAGACUUUCGCUGGAACUAUGACGCAGACAGGGGGUUGCGAAUAAAGGAAAAAUCUGUAGAAGACUUGAAAGAUCAUUUUCAACAGAUACCUCAAUAUGAUUCGAUGGAUUUAGAGCAACCCCAGUCUAGGGAUACCUAUAAGCCUUUAUGGCGAGGAACAAGUGUAGCUGAAACAGCUUUUCAUAUUAAUAAAAAAAACGAUAAUGAUAGAUUAGAACAACGCAUCACCGUGAAACCUACAGUAACCCUACAACAAGAAACCUCGUUAAAUGACCUUCGUAAGAAAAUAGGUCUGGGUAGUCGUUUAUGGAGUAGUUUGUCUAUGGAACAAGUAAAUGCUCUUAAAAAUCAGCUCAAUGCAAUAUACAGCAAAGAAUUGGAAUCAAAAUCAAAUAAAGAGACAGAAAUGAAAUACGCUAUCGAAGUAAAAGAUGAUAAAAUAGAAGCAAAUCCAUCUUUACAUGUCAGAUGCAAUUCAUUAAUUACUUCUAAUUACAAUGCAGACGUAGAAAAGCCAGCUAAACUUACAAAAUCUGACUCUAUUGCUGCAAUUUCUUGUCCUAUCACAUCGGUGAAGGAACUCAAAAAUAAUGUCAACAAAAUUCAAAUGUCUCUUAGCGAAAACGAAAAAAGAAAGAUUUCACAAACAUUAAGUAAAGAAAUAUUAAACAGAAUAAACAAAUUCGACAAUCAGGCACAGCCGCCUCUGUCUCUAAAAGAAGAAAUUGAAAAUACUGAAAUCAAAGAACAGUUAAAGACUGAAAGUAAAGAUGUGGAAGUUCAAAAACCACCAGAGAAUCAUUUCAAACAAGUAAGUGCUAAUAGUGCUGAAGAUGAUAAAAAGAGACACGUCGUUUAUCCUAAAGAAAAAACGGAAACACCAUAUCAGUCGUCAGCUAGUGAAACCGAGACUGCUAGUUCUGAUAUUUCAAACAAAACUGUAAUUUACCGUGGCCCCAGCAAGGAAGUACAAAAAAAAGUUCAAUAUUUCGAAUCUGUGAAAAAUACAGCUGAACAAACAAAAACUAUUUACCAUGCCAGGGAAAGCUCCGAUGAAAAAGAAAAUCACGAUCAAACAAGUUCUACUAGUACAGCAGUGGCCGUCAAGGAAGUGGUUUCAAAUAUGAAUGAAGCCAAAAAUAACGAGCAUCCAAAAAACCAAAUUGUUCAGUCACAAUCUUGCACCAAUUUUAAGGAGCUUUUUGGCGAAAGUGAAAAGAAUAAGUUUCUAUCGCUUCCUUUGAAACCCGAUCUACAUUCUAGGUCAGCUUCACCUCAUUCAGAAUUAUACGCUGACAGACGGACGCCUGACACGCUACGUUGUUCAAGCGAUGAGACAAUCUGGCGCAGUCGGAGCCCGUCACCCGACCCGGAGAGGUACUGGCGUGCAUACCUCAACCUGGCGCGAGCCGGCGAAGUGCGCCGCCUGGCCCGGCGCUUUGACUCGCCCGCGGCAGUCGGUGCUGUGCUACGACGUUAUCGCAGUGAUCCCGAACUUGCACGGAACGCAUUCAUUACCAGCUGGUCUUCCUUCGAAAAACUGUCCUCACGACGAGACAAGGCUAAAAUAGCGCUUCCCGUGGCCCGUGUGCCCUUGAGAUCGACCAAUCGUUAUAUGCCCCAUAUUGAUAUUAUAUCCAAGUUAGCAGCUCUCCGUAGACGCACUACUCCUCGGUCUAGAUCUGCGGAAGAAGCGUCAGAAUGUCGACAGGGCGAAGUGGACCGCAUUCGUCGAAGGUUCGAGACAAUGUCAUUACUAGGACAGAUUUAUGCAUCCGCUCCUGACGUAAGUGAGCUGCACGACAUAGCUCCAUACUUAGCAGGCUCGUGGAUAGCACACCGGUACCCAAAACGUAGUGAUAACAACAGAUCCAUUGAGGAUCCAAAUGUUUUAGUCCGUGGACGCACUUCCCCUGUAAAAAAAGAAACAAAACGGAUGAAACCUAAAGAAUCUAUUAAAUUGAGUUCCAUUCUGAAAAGCGACACAUUUGCGAAGCAAGAAUUUAAUCCUGCGGCUCAUCGUCCAGCGAGCCGGUAUGAGCCGCCUCGGGCUCCGCCUCGCCCGCCUCCCGCUUCAUGGCCCUACAGGCUCUCGCCCUUCGUCACGCCAUCAAGACAUACCGUCACAUUCCAAGGUUAA